UUGCCCCAGCGGAAAUAAGAAAUGUGAUUGUUUUCGUUAAAAUGUAGACCAUCAUAGUCUGAUUCCUGCUGCAGAUUUUAUUUACAUGAUUACGUUUGAACUUUAAAACAAGAUGAGAAUUGUAGAAGUGAUUGUGUACUUCUGUACAACGUACACUGGAUUUGUGUAUUGUGUACAGCCUACCGGAUGUACAUACGACGGUACAGAUUCAUCAACAGGUAUCUAUACGUGUACAUUCGGAGGUUACACAGCACCACUUACUUUUACCGGGUUCACUGAUCCGUAUCCACAGCGUCUUAUCAUCAAUGCUGUAAGCGGCACUUUACCAACAAACACUUUCUCAGGCUUUUCAUCGUUUGUCGCUAAUUUGAUUGAUCUUGAUUAUGCGGCAAGCUUAAAGAUUAUUUGUAGUUCUGGAGGAACACUUACGAUUUCACAAGCUUUAUUUUCGAGCAUGAGUUAUCUACAAGAACUGAAAAUAAGUAACUGUGACAUUCAGUCGCUUCCUUCGAGUGUUUUCUCAAACUUAGUAACACUCAAUUCUCUCUGGAUUGAAGGAGGUUCAGUUAACACACUAGCAUCUAAUAUUCUUACCGGUUUAUCUAUAGAAAAACUUGAUGUUCCCGUCCCGACCGCCGAAUUUGUAAUAAAAAACACUGUGGUUUCCGGUAAUCAAAUCCCGGUUGGUAUGCUUGAUGGACUGACUGAUGUCAAAUCAAUUAGAUUCGACAACAUCGGACUGACUUCUGUUGAUGAUGCACUUUUUAGUCUGAAUACAGCUUUGACGUCUUUGUCACUAGCUAACAAUGUUGGGAUAACAAAGAUAGAAAUUGCUAUGAUUAGCGCCCUGGAGGGGUUGUCUUCUCUUGAUCUAGAUGGUCUCCCGUUUGAUUGCACGUGCGAUAACUUAUGGAUCCUCACUCAUGCGACAACGAAUGGUAUAGCACUACCAUCAGGAAUCAUUUGCAGCACACCUGCUGAAUAUCAGAACAAGAAAGCCUCCAAGUAUUAUGAUGAGAUGUGUAACACUGCAAACGCUUGUGGAGAUUUACCAGGUAUAACCUUGGGUCCUACGAUAUGCAUGACUGUUUUCGAGAUUGUCAGUUACUGUAUCCUAGCUGUAACCAUGGUGAUAGCUAUAGUAGCACUUGUUAUCAUAUGUUACGUCAGAAGGAAACUGGUGAUUGCCAAGGAAAAUCUGGAGAAAAAGAGAAAUAGUUCGUGGGCACGUGUUCAGAAUGCGCUGAAGAAGGGCGGAGCAUCUGGCCAGAAACCACCAUUGAGAUCGUCUCAAGUAGAUGGAUGGGUGUAACGAAGACUGAGUACCGAUAGAUAUCUUUGUUUGCUGCCUGAACUAUGCAGCCUUUCCUAAAUUGUUUGACAAACAUAUACACUGCAUAUAAUUGUUAAAACGGAAAGAUACUUGAAAUAUGUAACUUAAACAAAUUUUAAUAUAUAUUCAUGGAAUAUGUUUGAAUAUAAUA